AAAAAACACCGGCAGGUAUUUCCCGCCACUGCUCCUCCGUGAAGAUUAAGAAGCGUUGGGUGUGAAAGCUGCGGGUGUGUUGAGCCGCCGUCGAGCUAACCGUGUUACCGUGUUACCGUUAGCCGCGGGGCGGGGGUCGGGCUCCGGGCUGUUGUUCCGUGACACAGACUGAACACACGGACUCUGUGAUACAGAAACUAAAGCUCGGUCCAUUAACGAACCCGACAGGAAACUAAUUUAAGUGCCUGCUGCUGUUUUUGUGGGUUUUUUUUCACUGACGUGGAAAAGUUGCUCGGGGUCAUUUUGUGUCCGGGACACAAAGUGCAUCACACCGCAUGACGUCAUCACGUCUCGUGUUGUCUGUGUUGUUGUAGUGAAAUAUGUGUGAAUAUACAGGUUAGAUGUUGCAGUAAGAAAUGUGUUCAGUGCCUCUCUGACACGUCCUCCCAGCAGUUUCCGGUCACGUGCGUGUGUCAGCAUGUUUCACUACAGUGGGAACUACAACCGAAACCGUGAGUUUGGGUUUUCACCGAACUUUAAUGCUGCUGUGUAACUGAGCAGAGGGCGGGAGAAUACACUGGACUGACCGAUAUCUCUUGUUGUUAAUGCGGUGUAGCGUGGAUUUAUUUUACUUUAUUUCGUUUUUUAUGUUUUAUUUUUCUGGGUCAGACCAAAGACAACUUUCCUGCCCCGGGCUGGACCUUGAAGUCUUUUCUGUUCUGUUCUGUUCUAUGUUAAUCCAUUCUAUUCUACUCUAUUCUAAACCAUGUGGUACACCUUAUGUUGAUUAUUUUAGUCCGUUUCUUUUUGUCCUGUACGUCGACUCACGUGUGGAAAGGAAAACAAACUGAACUGAAACGAAGCUUCACAUGUUACAGAUGACUGAAGUGUGUGAUAAGGCGUCUCGACCCGUUGGACUCUGAGUUAUUAUGCAGCAUGACCCCACCAGGACGUCGCCCGUGUUCCUCCUCUGUGAGAAGAGACCGUCCCUGACGUCCGCCGGCGAACCUCGUCCUCACAACUUUGUGGAAAUGCUGCCGGCGGAGAUGAGCGUGAAGAUCUUCGGCGAGCUGGACGCGGAGAGUCUGUGCAGCGCCGCGUGCACCUGCAGACUGUGGCAUGACAUCAUCGAGGAGAGCAAUCAGCUGUGGAGGAAGCAGUGUUUGCUGGUCCGAGCCGUCUGUCAGAGGGAGGUCGACAGCGACCGGAGAGACGGGCUGUCCUGGAAGGUGACAUUAGUGAGGAACUACACUCGCAGCUGUCUGAAGAGCGAUUGGCUGAGAGGACGGUACAGCCACGUGAGGUCAGCGGAGGAGCUGAGCGGCAGGAGGAUGACGCCGCUGGACGCCGAGACGUGGGGAGAGAUCCUGCAGGCCGAGCUGGACAGAUGACGGACGCCGCCGUUGAGGAUUUUAUUUAACGCACCUCGAGCACUUCAGAGUGUCUGAUUUUUAACGCUAAUGUAUAUUUUAUACUCUGUUUUAUGAGAGGAAACAAACUGUACAUAUCAUUUUUUACUUUUUUAAGAAAAAACAAUCAUGGAGGAUGAAAAUGAACUAGAAACAUUAUUGGCUGGAACUGAUUCUUACUGAAAAGCUGUUUGAUGUAAAUAUGGCUGAGAUGCAAUAAAUCACAGGUUUGUGAAGCUCA